AUGGAGACAUUGCAAGAGUAUACGGCGGAGAGAAGAUGGAGACAAUGUAAGAGUAUACGGCGGAGUGUAGAUGGAAACAAUGUCGUUCAGGAGAUAAGCAACGAUCUGGCCGUACCAGGGACCCAUAUUGAGCUGGCGUCUGAUGUUCGGUCAGAACAAAUCGUUAAUUUCCUCGCCAUCUAUUUCUACCCCGAUGUAAACAUCGAUCGGGCCAUCGGGUUAGUCAUCGACGAUUGGAUGAAAAACGCCCUUCGGUCACACUACGUUGAAAAUCUUUCGCUACUUCUUAUUGAUGACGCAACUGAUGAUGUCAUUGGCACGAGGACUAUAAUGAUAAGCCACAAAGCCGAUUAUCCCAUCACGAAUAUCAUUAAAAAUAAGGAGAGUAAAUUGAUUUUUGAUUUUUUGUUACAAAAACAUGAUGAAAUGAAUGUGUUUGAGCACUAUGGCGUGAAUACCGUGUUCAGGUUUGUGAAUCUUGGAAUAAGACCGGAUUACCGGUGCCGCGGGUUGGCGUCCAUGCUCAUGGAGGCGGGUGUGCGAUUCUGUUCCAAAGUCGGUCCCUCAGACGCUUGUAUCUGGGGGGAGGCGACUUCAAACGCCUCCCAAAGGAUUUACGAGAAGUGCGGAUUUGAAACUUUACAUACGUUAUACUACGAUGAUUACAAAGUGGACGGUGAAAUUGUUUUUAAAGACAUGGGGGAAGAUAAAAGCACAAAGGUUUACGUAAAGAAACUUUGA